CAAUGAUUGUACUUUGACAGCGAGGGAGCUAGCUUCACUUCACUUUACUUCACACCGCUUCUGGCUGACCUCCCCUCCCAAGAUGGCUGGUGUACGAGCCCUUGGUGUUCUUUCCAGAUUCACACCAAGGCAAUACGCUCUCUUCACAGGCGGUACUUCUCGCACCUUCUCAGUAGCUCCUGCAAUGCUAGCCCGAACCCAUGUGAACUAUGAAGUCAAGGGCGAUGUUGCUGUUGUGCGGAUCAACGACCCAAACUCCAAGGUCAACACACUGUCAAUCCAAAUGCAAAAGGAGAUGGGAGAGGUAAUGCAGGAAGUGUGGGCCAACGACAAUGUUACAAGUGCUGUCCUCAUCUCUUCAAAGCCGGGAUGCUUUAUUGCAGGAGCAGAUAUUAAUAUGAUCCAGGCCUGCAAGACUCCAGAAGAGGUCACCCAACUUUCUCAGGAAGGGCAGAAGAUGUUCGAUCUGAUUGAAAAAUCACCUAAACCCAUUGUUGCUGCCAUCAAUGGUUCCUGCUUAGGAGGAGGCUUGGAGUUUGCCAUUGCCUGCCAGUACAGAAUUGCAACAAAGAGCAAGAAGACAGUUCUUGGUACUCCUGAAGUCAUGCUAGGUCUCCUACCUGGAGCUGGUGGUACUCAGAGACUCCCCAAGAUGGUUGGUCUACCCAAUGCUUUCGACAUGAUGCUAACAGGAAGAAAUAUCCGAGCUGAUAAAGCCAAGAAGAUGGGGCUCGUCAACCAACUUGUAGACCCCUUAGGACCUGGACUGAAGAGUCCAGAGGAAAGAACAAUAGACUACCUUGAGGAAGUUGCCAUUGAAUAUGCCAAAGGGAUCGUCAAUAAGAAGAUCCCCCUCAGCAAAGAGAAAAGCACGAUGCAGAAAAUUCAAGACUACGUUAUGAGCUUUGAGAUCGUGCGGAAUCAGAUUUACAAAACUGUCCACGGUAAAGUUAUGAAGCAGAGCAAAGGACUUUAUCCAGCACCCCUGAAAAUCAUCGAAAGUGCAAAGACUGGAAUAGAACAAGGCCCUGUUGCUGGAUACCUGGCUGAAUCUCAGAAUUUCGGACAGUUGGCAAAAACUUCAGAAUCUGCAGCCCUGAUUGGUCUCUACCACGGUCAAGUCGCGUGCAAGAAGAACCGCUUUGGAGUUCCUCAAAGAGAAGUGAAGACUCUUGCCAUCUUGGGAGCAGGUCUGAUGGGAGCAGGUGUCGCCCAGGUUACUGUGGACAAAGGUGUACACACGAUCCUGAAGGACACCACCGUGCCUGGACUGGCCAGGGGACAGCAGCAGGUUUACAAAGGGCUCAACGACAAGACGAAAAAGAAGAACAUCACGUCAUUUCAGAGAGACUCCAUACUGUCCAACUUGACCGGCCAGGUGGAUUACAGUGGCUUUGAAAAGGCUGACAUGGUUAUUGAAGCUGUGUUUGAAGACAUUAACAUCAAGCAUGCCGUCCUGAAGGAGGUGGAGGCUGUGGUUCCCCCUCACUGCAUAUUUGCCAGCAACACGUCUGCUUUGCCCAUCAAGGAAAUCGCUGCUGCCAGCAAGAGACCAGACAAGGUGAUUGGGAUGCACUACUUCUCUCCAGUGGACAAGAUGCAGCUCCUGGAGAUUAUAACAACAGAUCAGACGUCAAAGGACACGACAGCGUCUGCCGUGGCCGUCGGCUUGAAGCAGGGGAAAGUCAUCAUUGUCGUUGGGGACGGACCUGGAUUUUAUACGACAAGGUGUCUGGCUCCCAUGUUGGCAGAAGCAGUGCGAGUGCUUCAGGAAGGAGUUGACCCCAAGAAGUUGGAUGCACUCACCACAAGCUUUGGGUUCCCUGUGGGUGCAGCCACACUGUCUGAUGAAGUUGGUAUUGACGUUGCCGCCCACGUGGCCGAAGACCUGGGCAAAGCUUUUGGCUCCCGCUUUGGUGGUGGAAAUGUGGAGGUUCUGAAGACAAUGGUGGAGAUGGGAUUCAAGGGUCGCAAAUCAGGAAAGGGCUGCUACAUCUACCAGCCAGGACUCAAGACCAAAGAAGUGAACCCAGAAAUUGGAGAUCUUCUUGAGAAGUACAAGUUGACACCAAACCCUGCUGUUUCUUCAGACUCUGACGUGCAGUACAGGCUCGUUUCCCGAUUCGUCAACGAGGCCGUGCUGUGUUUGCAGGAGGGCAUUUUGAACAACCCUCUGGAGGGAGACAUCGGGGCUGUGUUUGGUCUGGGAUUCCCCCCCUGCCUUGGAGGACCUUUCCGUUUCGUGGACAGCUUUGGUGCUGACAAGCUGGUGGAGAAGAUGAGGCAAUAUGAAGCCGUCUACGGGAAUCACUUCACACCAUGCCAGCUCCUUCUCGAUCACGCAAAGGAUUCCAGCAAGAAAUUUCACAAGUGACCGACUCACCGUGUGUGCCAGUAGCUUUCAAUAGACCUCCAGUUUGCAGCUAGAAUGUGCCUAACGUUGAUAUCAUGAGUGGAGUAAACCUACUGAAAGUACGCUCCUGUGGCCAGUUUAUUAAGUGCACCUAGCUAAAACUAAAGCUAAAGCAGCCUAAUACAGCAGUCCUAUGCCUCAACAUAAAAAACUGAACACUAUGACCUACUAAGAUUUAUUACAGGAAUGUUGUAUUACUUUUAGCUGGUGCACCUACUAAAGUGGCAACUGGGUGUGUUAUGUUGGAAAAAUUGGAUGUUCUUUUUUUGUACUUUAACAUUAUUGAUUUACUUGAUGAUGAUGCUGUAUAGAUUGAGGAGCAAAAGGAGGCCGAUUAUUUACACAUUGCAGAUGUAAAGAGAUUCUGAAAGAAAAAAAAAAGAAUUAAAAUGUUUUAACUGGCAAAUUAAUUAUUGAUGAAUGUCUAGCAGUAUGAUGCAGUGACUGGCUCUCUUCUUUUGUACAUUAAAGAUUCUCUGGCUUUGUUUGAACAAUGUGUAAAUGCGAAGCCUAAAUAAAUCUUUGGUAUUGAAUCAAA